AUGACGCAAUGCGGACACGAUCAGCGUGACGAGCGAGUAGAGGAGGAACGAGGAGCGGACGAGUGCCUGCCGCGAGCACAACAAACGCCGCCUAGGUAUGGAGCUAGAGGCGGGGCGAAGUCGGCGACGAGGCCACAAAAUCGAGGACUGCCACUGCUGCUGCCGUCGCUGCUGCCGACAUGUGCUGGGGCCGGAUGCCUGGAUGGCUGGCUGGCCGGCCGGCCGACUGGCUAUAGAAGAUACCAAUUUGGGCUGUGGAUUGCAAACACACAACAACAAACGCCUGCAUCGCUUCACCAGCUUGACGAUUUCCGCUCAGAAUCCCCACAAAUGAAAUAA